AUGGAAAACCAAUUUGCACUAGCAAACAUCACAAGUGACGCAACAAAAUUCAAUUAUAUAGUUGUUAAUCUAGAAUCAGCAUACAUAUCCGAAGUAAGAGACAUAAUUGUAUCAUCACUAGCUACAGACAGGUAUGUAAAGCUAAAAAUAGAAUUAAUUAAGAGACUCAGUGCAUCACAACAAAAAAUUAAAAGAUUACUCGAGCAUGAAGAAUUGGGCGAUCGAAGACCUUCUCAAUUCUUACUACAUUUACAGUCUUUAGCAGGCAGAACGGUACCAGAUAGUAUUAUAAGAUCUCUGUGGUUAGAUAGACUACCAUCCUCUAUACAGGCUAUUUUAGCUAUCCAAUCAAACGCUGAUUUAGACACAGUUGCCGAGCUAGCAGAUACAGUUUUCAGGUAG